UCACGACACGGCCGGUUUUUCAUGCCGAGCUAAUAUGGUUGGAUGGCGGCGCUGGUGUGCGGCAAUGACUGCGCGGGGAUUGCGUGGGAUUUCGAAGUGCAACAGCUGACCUUUGGGGGCGGCUGCUGGGGCGGUUUCUUCGCCCUGGGCUUGGCGCUAUCCAUCACUGCAGCCACCUCCAAUGUGGACAGCUGGCGGAUGCACCUGGAGCUGACCUGUUUGAGGCUCAACACCUCCAAGUUCUUCUUAGUCUUGGACUUUGCCUUGGCGAGUAUCCAAUGCAUCCAUUUUUGCGUCCGCACGUACACGGCCUCCCUGAGCAUGGUGGGCUUUGUCUUGGAGGCGAUUUCUGCGCUCUUCUGCCUCUGCCUGAUGUUGCCCUAUUGGGGCUUUGCCCACUGUGAAGGCAUCGUUUCAGGCGUCGCAUGGAUGUUUAUGGAUCGAGCCAUUCCAGAUGCAUUGAUGAUAGGUGCUAUUGCAAGCCUGCCAGUGACAGAACAUGAGGGGAAGAAGACGUGGUUCGCGCCCUCAUGGUUGGCCGCUUUCCACCUGCUACGGACCUGGGGGAAGCUCCUCAGAGCGUACAAGAUCAACAUGGAGAUCUUCCGGAAUCAAAUCAUCGAUGCGAUCGUCUCCACAGCGUUCAAGGUCUAUCUCUUGGCCAUGGCGAUGCUCAGCUUUGAGAAUCUUGGAGAGCCGGCAAUCUUCCAAUCCUUUUCCCAGGAGCUGGGCACUGGGGCUGAGCUGCGUGGCUACUGUGGGCUUUGGCGACAUGGCGCCCGUGACCAGUCAGGAUGCCCAGGGGUGCGAGCUGUCAUGGACUGGGCCAUCCGAGGCAAGUUUUGUGUGGGUCGAAUAAGCACCAUCUUCGCCAUCUACUUUGGCCUUGCAUGGCUGGCCACGGUGGCGUACCGGAGCCUUCAGGUGUGUUUUGGAGAUCUGAUGGACUGA